UUUGUUUUUCUAACUAGAAUUAGAAAUCAAAGCCAUGUUUCAUUUUAUGUAUAAAUGUUAAAAAAAAUAGCGCUUGGUCUGUUGUUGAUUGUUGAUGGGCACCACCACCCAGCGAAAUGAACACUCGCAAACACCCAAUUCCUUCAGGCCGCAACUUCCCUUCCGUCAAUUUCCGCCGCACCUCCCCCAAAACUCACCUUUCCGCCAGGAAGCUUGCAGCGCGCUUAUGGCACUUGCGCUUUUUCAAGCCCAAGCUUCAAUCUUCUCCGCCACGUGUCAAGCUUACAGAGCAAGAGGGUACCAAACGCGCCAACACUCCUAUCCGGAAGCUUCUUAGAGAAACCAAAUUAAUAGGUGGUGACUCUGUUCUCCUCUCAGAACUCCUUCGUGCUCAAACCUGCAUUAACAAGCUCAAAGCUGAACACAAGUUCUCCAAGAAAAAGCUUGAGGAUGAAAAGCUUCUCUGGAAGCGUCGAGAAUUCAUCAAGAAUCAAGCGCUGCUAGAGGACUUGAAGGAUAAGUUAGCCAGGGAAAGGACAAGUAGAGAGAGAAUGGAAUCUGUGAAUGCCAAAUUGAUACAUGAGCUUGCCGAAGCAAAACUAUAUGCCAAACAAUUUAUGGUUAACUACAAGGAGGAAAAGAGGAAAAGAGGAAUAAUUGAGCAAGUGUGCAACGAAUUGGCGAUGCAAAUGGGAGAAGACAAGGCUAGGCUGGAGGGAAUUCGCGUGGAAAUGGAGGAAGAGAGGAACAUGUUUCGCAUAGCAUGGCUGUUGCGUGAAGAGAGCAUCCAAAUGAAGCUGCUCGACGCGAAACUUGCCCUGGAAGAUAAGUAUAAUCACAUGAUCCAUUUGAUUGCGCAUCUGCAAAGUUUCUUGAGCUCAAGGGGUCAUGAACUGGGCGCCAUGGACGCUCAGUUGGUCAAACAGGCAGCUGAAUCACUCAAUCUUGAACUUUCAUAUGACUUGGCCAAGUCAAAUGAUGUUUUUGAUGAGAUCAAAAUUAAGGAGAGUGUGUUUAAAGUUGAACCCUACUACCCUUCCAAUCUCAUUGGCCCCUCAUCCACCGUCCACAUUGUGAGUCUUGACGAAGAUCAUUGCCUCAACAAUAAUGCUAACCAAAACAUUCAUGGAUUAGAAUGUUGUGAAAAUGCAGAGGAUGGUUGUUACGAGCACUCUGAUUCUGUGCCACAACAAAAGUCACAAGAUUCAAAAAUUGGUAAGCGUAAAGGGAGACUCGCAAGAAAUGCAGUUAAGAGCGGUGGGAAAGGUUCGGGUGAAAGUGGUUUCAGACAAUGGGAAUUAUUGGGACAACCUGUGAAUCCGCACAUAACUCGUGGGAUGAAAGGAUGCAUCGAAUGGCCACGAGGCAUUCCCAAGAUCAAUUCCAAGGUCAUCAUCCCUUUGGAAGAAAGAGUGCGAAAACAGAAAUCUCAGUUACAACAUAUACUUAAGCCUCAUUAAUUUGUUUCAAAGAGAACAAAUGUAGAAACAGAUUUCGAUACAAUUCCAUUUAUUUAAUUUUGUACUCGGUUGUUCGUGGACCAAAUUUCCAAAAGAAGCGCCACCUUCUCACAGAUUUUAGCUUAUUUGUCAAAAAUAACGUUGUGUUGUUGGUGAUUGUCCUUCUAUUCAGCCACUGAGCUACUGUAAUCAUGUUAGCUAGAGUCAUAUUAGAAACUAGAUAGCAUCAUGUAUGUUGAGUGUGGUUGAUUCUUUUUUUGGAAAACCAAACCAUUUUGAUAGCAAAAGGUUUAUUAUUCCUUGACGGGUUUGAUAGCAAAAGGUUUAUUACCCUGCAAUCAUGUUAUGCACAC